AGUCAGUCGUCUAUACUCCCUGACUGAGGUGCGGCCAUGUUUUGAUUGCUGAGAUGGAGAGCUUGACAAAUUUAAGAUAAAAUGCCAAGUUGCAAGCCCAAGACACGUUUUAUUCCGGCCACGUGUGCUUGGACACUUCUUCUAGCAUGUACUACUCUAUUUUUCGUCUACCCGUGUACAUCUUUGUACUUAAAAUGGGGCAUAUACGUGCCUGUGUACCAGGGUGUCGUCACGCUCUUUGUGGUGCUCAAUUUUUCUCUAGCAACAUUCAUGGAUCCAGGAGUCAUACCCAAAGCUUCAACAGACGAAGACCGGGAUGACGAUUUCCGAGCGCCACUGUACAAGAAUGUGGAGAUAAAUGGCAUCACAGUCCGAAUGAAAUGGUGUGUCACAUGCCACUUUUAUCGGCCCCCCCGUUGCUCACAUUGUUCUGUCUGCAACCACUGCAUAGAGACAUUUGACCACCAUUGCCCAUGGGUCAACAAUUGCAUUGGUCGACGGAACUACCGCUAUUUCUUCAUGUUCCUGUGCUCUCUCAGCAUUCAUAUGAUAUCAAUCUUCACCUUCAGUCUUAUACACGUGCUUGACAAGAAGGAUAGUUUGACUGAAACGACCACCAUUGUGAGCAUGGUGGUAAUGGGAGUAAUAGCAGUACUGUUCAUACCCAUUCUUGGCCUGACGGGCUUCCACAUGGUAUUGGUUAGUCGUGGCAGGACAACCAAUGAGCAAGUCACGGGCAAGUUCAGAGGGGGCUACAACCCUUUUUCACGGGGGUGCUGUCGAAACUGUUGCUAUAUAUUGUGUGGCCCUCAGUAUCCAAGUAUCAAACGACCAGCAAAAUAUAUAGGGAGAUAUAGGUUCACACCAUCUUUGAGUCCUCCAGCACCAGUGUCAACAAUAACAAGUCAAAGUCAAGUACGAGUAUAUAUGGACAAUGGUGUUCAGGCACCUAAUUCUACAGCCUACAGUCAAGACACGGCAGGCUUGAUUGCUCAGGAUAACCUGGUGGAGGGGGGAGGGGCCGGAGCAUCAUCUUCGGUCACAGUGAGCACGGGUGGGGCAGGAGAGUGUGAUGACAACAGCCAGCCCCCUCCUGGAAUGAGUCAGAGUCAGGAUUGCGAACCCACACCACCCUUGCCCAGGCAUCCCUCGAAGACUAACUUCUUCCAGCCAGAUGCACCGCCCACACAUCACCACCCGUCGUACCAUCACCACCACCACCACCACGCGUACGUGGACUCCCCUCGUAAGGCAAAUGCUAAUCAGCAGGUCACAAGGCCCCCACGAUCGCCAAACUCCUCGAGGCCACGAGGCUUGGACGGGCGGUCACGAUCCACGACUCCUGACCCUCUAUCUCCAGACCGCCCGAUGCAGACAUCUCCACCAGUCCCUGGGGGUCCACGCACAGGACCGUCUAGUCCUAGUGGCCAGCAGGUCUACCAGGGUGUUCCAGGUUCUCCAACGUUACAUCAUCGCAUGAAACAGCUAGGAGGGGUUCCAACACCUCUGGCCAUGUCGUCUCCUCUCCGUCGAUCGAACCCCAGUACUCCCACGCAACCUCGACGUCCUGAUUUCAUUGGGAUUGGCAAUGAAGGAGGCAGAGUUCCACCACAAUACUACCCACAGUACUCAUAUGAACCACCUCAUAGUUCACACCAAAAUGGUUCACCGCAACGUCGGUACAUGUCAGAAUCAGAACUAAUACGGCAGCCACCGGAAACAGGUGGACAGUAUCCUCGUACCACUACAAUGUUUGAUAACAUUCAAGAAUUAGCUGGUUCACCACAACAUGGUCAGUACACUUGGAGGGAUCAGUCACCUCCUCAGUAUUGUCAAGGUGGACCCAGUAACCCAAAUGUUGUCUACCAGACUUGUGGCUCUCAAGAGUAUAGAUCAAACCCAACAAGUCCAACUCAAACAUGUCCUGCACCUCAUUACUAUCCACCAAUACACCAUAGUCAAAUGGCAGGUCCACAUGGUGGCCAUUACCCCGCAACUCAUCAGCCAUCAUACAAUCAGCACAUGAGCCACCAAGGCCACCAGGGAUAUCCACCCCAGCAACAGAUGGUUGGGCGACGCAACUCAGGACCAAGUUAUGUUGGGCCACAGUCACCACAGAUCAGACGAAAGAAUUAUGCAGGAGGCCUUGUUACUCCUCCUACACCAACAGAGAGUGGUCGGCCAAGUCCUGGUCAGAAGAGACCAGUUUCUUUUGUGAGGUCUUUAGAUAUGAUGGACAGUAUAGAGAUGUCAUCACGAGGUCCUCCCCAUCAUCAAGGUCCUCAUGGACCUCCACAUGAAGGUCAUCAUGCAGUGAUACAUAGCCAGAGGUCUCAUGGGGGUACGCUCAGCCCAACACACACUCCCAAGCCUGACCACCGUCUGACAACACCACAAGAUCUUGACCGACGAUCGGCAUAUGACAUGAACUAUGAAAUCAGUGUGUGAAGUACUAACAGCCUGUUGCAGAUGCCUAAGAAUUUGAGUGUGUUUUUCAUGUUUGUCUGUAUGUAUGUGUGAACUUGUCUGACCAAGAUGUUAGAGCAGCAGCAGGACAUAAUUAAACUGAAGAACAUUGAUAAGUGUGAAGGUGGUGACGUGUGACAUUGUGCCAAGCUGAACUGUCCAGAUGAGAUAAAAAGGAGGUCAGAGCAACCUGGAAAAAGAAAUAUUAACAAGAAAAUUUUAACUGACCAAGGUACUGACCUCUUCACAAGAGAACUGGGCAAUUCUUGCCAAGUGUGCACCUAUGCUAGUCACAAAUGUUUCUUUUAGGAGCCAUGACUUGAAAUAAGACAUUAUAAAAAGCUUAGUGUAGUGCAGCUGGGGCAUUCAUGGACAAUUGCUGUGGCUGUGGUAAUGCCAGUAGCUUGUUUGUUGCCCUUGUGACUCAAAAUUGUUUAAGUUUUUACUUUUUCUUUUAUUUUUUAGAAGAUGGGCAUUUAAGAGCAUUCAUUGUUUUGAAUUGAGAAAAUUAUGCUCUUAUUGAACAUAAUUUGAGGAGAAUUUAUUUCCUGUUUCUUAGUGAAAGAAAAAAGUGAGCCAAAGAUGGCAUUGUCAAAUAUUCCCCCCACAGAACACUUACAGAACAGUCUUGUCAGGUGCCUCACCACCACUUACACCAGCCCUGUAACUCAUCAACCACAAGCCCUGGGUAGGAGUUGGCAUGCCUCCACAGCCCUUAGAAACUCGGAAGGCUCACAGUAGACCAACAGCCCCGCAAACCAGGACCCACACACGCUGUUCCACCUGCCUCCAACAUUCCUGUUCUGUGUAUAUUUCAUGUAUUUAUACACCUCCCAUCCUGGUAUUAAAUAUAGCCAUACACAUUUUCAUUCUCUGCUACAAUCAUAUUCCAAAGUAGAUGAUUACAGUUUGAAAGAAGAAUUAGUAAUUAUAAUGGAAAUCUGUCUCACAGGAACCUUAAUUUUCAUCUCAAUUUUUAUUAGGCUUAUAAUAUUCACACAUAAAUGUAAAGAUUGUGAUUAUGAGAUUUCAAUUCAUUGACAAUCAUGGGUUUUAAUAGAUGAAAGUGCAUAUGUCUAAUGAGAGCUAAAAUUGUGCAUAUUGAAAUGGCCAUUGCAGAUUGCAACCUAAGUAACCCCAUCAGGAGAGUGAGGAGAGUUUUUGUCAAGUACAGACAAUUCUUUCUCUCCCAUCUUUUUCGUCUUCCCAGGAUAUUAGCUGGUACUGGUACUUGGCCACCACCUUUGAACAGUGUCUUGAGAAGGAUGGACAUGAAGACUUGAAUACAAGAAUUUUUUUCAGUGCAGCUCAAUGAUAGAAGCUAUUGUUUGCCAGACUGGAUUAGCAGUGAUUGAUUAUAGUGAUGGUGAUCUUGAUUGCGAUUUUUUGCGCAGGUUUGGAGUUUCGAUUACAAUUAACCAAUAAUGUAAUUGUUUUUAUAUUGAUUAUUGAAUGAUUUUACAAAUGUUUUCCCCCAUGAUUUUAUUGUUUUAUAAAUUUUAAUAUUGUUAAUGUUUAUUGAUUUUAGCAGGAAAAAUUAUCUUUGAGCAUAAUUACUUUAGAAACUAACUUGUCAGAACUUCAAGCUACAUUAACAUUCAAGGGUAUGCACAUGCUCUACUGUUCUUUUCUUUAUACAAUUGUCUUAAAUCAAUAGUGAUUAAAGAAAUUGGAGCUAUAAUUGAAGUUCUUGUGGAAAGACAAUCAUAAACAAAAGAACCAAAUGAAUACAUUGCUCCUUUUAAGUCAUAAAUAUUUGGAUUAGAUAGGUUUGAGAGUUGAGUGACAUAAAUAUUACCAUGGCAUUGAGUGCUAAUGUUGAGAAGGAAUGAGCUGUGACCAGUAGUUGAUAAGGGUAUGUUUAAUUAUAUCCAUCUUUUAGUGCAUGUUUUUGACAUCUUUGGCACUGUGCCAACUGUGUUUAUAUAUUGCUUGACCAUCACAGUGUUGAGGCUGAUGAAUUACUUCAAAAGGAAAGAUUUGUACUGAAAUCCCUGUUCUAUUUUGAGUAUAACAUAUUAGUACUUUUUAUACUUAGUCUUCAACUCUCCCUUUAAUCUCAUGAAAUAUUUAUGAUCACAGUUUUAUGAUUUGUUGUUUGUACUUAUUGAUUGUAGUUGGAAAGUUAGAUUUUAUUGAUGUAAAUUCUAUUAUUUGAAUUGAGUUGUCAGUUUAUAAUUUGAACUGAUAUUUCUUUUGAUUAAGAAAAAAAAAGUAGAUAUUCUGGAUAUAUUUCAUACGCAGUCAAAAUGUACCAAAGGAACAUUAUUUUGGUUACUUUGUAACGUUAUUUAUACGUACCACUUAAAUGCUUUGAUAGUAGAAAUUUUCUAAGAAUAGUCUCAUUGAAUGAAAUUACCAAGCAAGUUUGUAGUACAGUGAAAUGCAUCCAUCAAAGUUAACUGCAGAAUUGAUGGCUUUAUAUAAAUUUGUGUGACUUUUUUACUUGGAGUAAUCUUUGUGAAGAUAAGAUCUAUAAGGGCUCUUGGUGUUUGCUUGAGUGGACACAAGAUGUGCACUUAAAUGUUAGUUCUGGGAUCUUAACAAUGUUUAAUUGUAUUUUACAUGUGUCAAUUCUGUUUGUUUAGCAGCAGGUGUGUAAUGUCAAGAAUGUGAAAUUUUAUCAUAGAUUUCCCUGGGAAAGUACAGAAUUUACUUUUGC